AUGUCCUGGGCAUCCCGCAUCAUCAAUGUCAGGCUGGCUCUACUCUACUCGACUGCCACCUUUGUCAGUGUGGAGGCUUUCCGUCGGGCGGCGCUGGGCGUGACAGAGAGCAGCAAGUGGCGCCAGGCCAUCAACUUGGUGUGGCUCAGCGUGCCCGUGUCAGCGGCGGUGUCGGCGGCGCUGGCCGGCCUCUGGCUGCACGCGCUCAGCCAGCCGGCGCCCGAGGUGACCUCAGAGUACCGUCUGGGCGUGUGGGUCACCGCGGCCAUGGUCGUACUGGAGACGGCCGCCCAGCCGCUGGUCAUCCUGGCGCAGGCCAUGCUCUUUGUCAAAUGGAAGCUCUCUUAUCGUCUUCUCGCCCCUCCCCAUCUCCUCUCACCACUCUCUCACCCACCCGCUCUCCCUCUCUCCCAAGGUGGUAGCCGACAUGGUCAGUCUGUGCAGUCGGGUGGCGCUCAAAGCCUGGCUGAUCGCCCUGUACCCGUCCCACGCCAUCUGGGCCUACUGUGUGGGCCACGCGGUCAGGUCAGCUCCGCUCUCCUCGUGGUCAUCUAUUACGGCACCCUGCUCUGGCACGUCCGCUCACCGGAUAACUGUCUACCGGUGAAGUCGGCGAGCGAGCUGGGACCCAGACUGGUGCCGGGACAGCCGGCGCUGGACCGUGACCAGCUGGCCCUCACCUGGAGCUUCUUCAAACAAGGCCUGCUGAAGCAGUUGCUGACGGAGGGCGAGCGCUACCUGAUGACCGCCUUCCACCUGCUCGACUUCUCCGAGCAGGGCCUGUACGACGUGGUGGCCAACCUGGGCAGCCUGGCGGCCCGCGUCCUCUUUCAGCCAGUCGAGGAGAACGCCUACGUUUACUUCUCGCGCACAGUGGAACGGGGAAAGCCGGUGUCUGCCGCGGCGGGCCGGGUUCUGCACGACCUGCUGCGCGCCAUGAGCCUGCUCGGUCUGGUUGCCGUCACGUUCGGCUGGAGCUACUCCCACCUGCUGCUGCGGCUGUACGGAGGCGCCCUGCUGACCGCCGGUCCGGCCGUCAGUCUGCUGCGCGCCCAGUGCGCCUACGUGCUCCUACUGGCGGUGAACGGAGUGCUGGAGUGCUGCACGUUCGCGGUGAUGCGCCAGGAACAGAUCAAUGGGUAUAACCGGAAGAUGGUGCUGCUAUCUGUGAUAUUCGUCAUCUCGACAGGGAUCUUUACUAGGCUAUUCGGCGGGGUUGGAUUUAUCCUCGCCAACUGCGUCAAUAUGCUGACCAGGAUAUACGUUUGUUACCGGUUCGUGGCCGGUCUGCCGCUGGAGCCGGCGGUGUCCGUGCCGCCGCUGCUCGGUCUCCGCCCGCUGCCCGCCGUGGCUGCCGCGCUGGUGACCGCCGGCCUGCUGGCAGCCGGCUCCGAGAGCUGGCUGUACCCCAGCUCCGCCGCCGCCCAUGUGGCUGUGGGCGCGCUCUGUGGGGCCGCCCUGGUGGCCGCGGCGGUGUACAGCGAGCCCCGCCUCCUCCAGGCGGUCAGGGAGCGGGUCGGGGAUAAACUGAAGCGCAGCUAGCGGGGAGUGCUACUCACAUGGUCACGCAGGGAAUAGGGGUUGUUUUGU